GCGCGCGGCGGAGGGAGGGAGCCGGGAGGCCGCCGGAGUAGCGAGCGCCGCCAUAUUAGGGACCGCGGAUCCCUGGAUCCCGUCUGCGGCGCGGGAGGCCAAACGAAGAGGAGGUGCGGGGACUGAAGGAGGCUGCGGCGCGGCUCCGGGACAGGCGGGGCCUGCGGGAGUCAGCGGGCGACAGGACCGAGCCAGCACUGCGGCUACUGCUCUGAAGGUGGAAGAACCUCAGGGAGGGCUGGGGAGACAGAAGGGGCUGGCACUGGAGACCCUGGCCCCAGGUUGAGCUCUGCUGGUGGGCCCUGCCCUGCCCUGCCCCACCCCAUACCGCCCACCCCACCAUGGACCAGGACUACGAGCGACGGCUACUGCGGCAAAUUGUCAUCCAGAAUGAGAACACCAUGCCAUGUGUCGCCGAGAUGCGGAGGACCCUGACACCAGCCAACUCUCCUGUGUCCUCACCCAGCAAGCACGGCGACCGCUUCAUCCCCUCGCGGGCUGGGGCCAACUGGAGUGUGAACUUCCACCGCAUCAAUGAGAACGAGAAGUCACCCAGCCAGAACCGCAAAGCCAAGGAUGCCACUUCAGACAAUGGCAAAGAUGGCCUAGCCUACUCAGCACUGCUGAAGAAUGAGCUCCUGGGGGCUGGCAUCGAGAAGGUGCAGGACCCCCAGACAGAGGACCGGAGGCUUCAGCCCUCCACACCCGAGAAGAAGGGCCUCUUCACGUAUUCCCUCAGCACCAAGCGCGCCAGCCCUGACGAUGGCAAUGACGUGUCCCCAUAUUCCUUGUCUCCCGUCAGCAACAAGAGUCAGAAGCUGCUGCGGUCCCCGAGGAAGCCCACGCGCAAGAUCUCCAAGAUCCCCUUCAAGGUCCUGGAUGCACCCGAGCUGCAGGAUGACUUCUACCUCAACCUGGUGGACUGGUCAUCCCUCAAUGUGCUCAGCGUGGGGCUGGGCACCUGUGUGUACCUGUGGAGCGCUUGCACUAGCCAGGUGACUCGGCUCUGUGACCUCUCGGUGGAAGGAGACUCAGUGACCUCCGUGGGCUGGUCUGAGCGGGGCAACCUGGUCGCUGUGGGCACACACAAGGGCUUUGUGCAGAUCUGGGAUGCAGCGGCAGGGAAGAAACUGUCUGUGCUGGAGGGCCACACGGCACGUGUUGGGGCGCUGGCCUGGAAUGCCGACCAGCUCUCGUCUGGCAGCCGCGACCGCAUGAUUCUGCAGAGGGACAUCCGCACACCGCCCCUGCAGUCGGAGCGACGACUUCAGGGCCACCGGCAGGAGGUGUGCGGGCUCAAGUGGUCCACGGACCACCAGCUCCUCGCCUCAGGGGGCAACGACAACAAGCUGCUGGUGUGGAACCACUCGAGUCUCAGCCCCGUGCAGCAGUACACGGAGCACCUGGCAGCCGUCAAGGCCAUCGCCUGGUCCCCACACCAGCACGGGCUGCUGGCAUCAGGCGGCGGCACGGCUGACCGCUGCAUCCGCUUCUGGAACACCCUCACGGGGCAGCCGCUACAGUGCAUCGACACAGGCUCGCAAGUGUGCAACCUGGCCUGGUCCAAGCACGCCAAUGAGCUGGUGAGCACGCACGGCUACUCCCAGAACCAGAUCCUCGUGUGGAAGUACCCAUCCCUCACGCAGGUGGCCAAGCUCACCGGCCACUCCUACCGCGUGCUCUACCUGGCAAUGUCUCCUGAUGGAGAGGCCAUUGUCACUGGUGCUGGAGAUGAAACCCUGAGGUUCUGGAAUGUCUUUAGCAAAACCCGCUCGACAAAGGUAAAGUGGGAGUCUGUGUCGGUGCUCAAUCUUUUCACCCGGAUCCGGUAGACCCAUGGGGCGGCUGUGCCGCCUCAUCCCCAGGCAGAGACCCCACCUCUUCAGCCUGCAUGGACCCAUGUCCCCCACUGCUCCCCUCCAUCCCGGAGGCAGUGGUGAGCAGGCACCAGGCUGGAGACAGCAGGAGUCUCAUUAAAUGCCUGAUUAUGAGCCAUGUCCACCAGUAUUUGGGCGGGACGCAGGACCUUCAGGAUGGCUCCGGCUCCAUCUCCUCUCCACGGCCCAAGGCCCAGCCUGUUCUGCAGUGCCGGCACAGAUGGAUGCCCAGACCCUCGUGUCUGCCUGCUCACCAGGGCUGCAUGCUCUUCUGGAAGCGCCUGCCCACCCUGCCACUGCCGAUAGCAGCUCGAGCUGGGGACAUCAUGGGGGCUGGCAUGUCCUGCCUAAGAACAUCUCCAAGUGAACUUAUCGCAGGAUGGGGAUAUGGCAUCCACUUGCCUGUGUCCACCCCAAUGCGCCCCCCCCUCCCCAGGAGACUUGGGUUUUCCCACCAGGCGGGGCUGCAACACCAUGUGGCCAGCUGGCAACCUGCUGUAGCUCAUGCCCCAACUCCCUGCCUGUCCCUACCCUCUACGCUGUCUGCCUGAGGGGUGGCGGGGGGCUGAGCUCCAGACCCACAGUCCUGGCUGUCCCCCCAACAGGAGGGCUGGGGCGCCCGCCCUGGCAGCCUCGCCCUAUGGCCGUGCGUGCGUGCAUGUGUAUAUACGUAUUUGUGACUCUUCAGACUCGUGUCUGUUCUGUUGACCUGUCCCAGCAAUGUCAGAGCCCAGCCAGCCAGUGCCCCCACCCUGCCCCCGAGUUGUAGGGGUGACUCAUUGCCCUGUGGACAGUCAGACCUCUCUCCAUGUCCCUGCUGCCCAGUGCUGCUUGGGACAUUGAAGUGUGUGUUGCCACUAG